AUGGGAGGAGCACUGGAGACAUUCUGUGGCCAAGCCUACGGAGCAGGGCAGUACCAAAUGCUAAGCGUCCACAUGCAGAGAGCCAUGCUCGUUCUCACCCUCACAAGCGUUCCCAUAGCUGACUUGGGCUUGCACAGCUCAAAUUUUCUCCUUCUUCGGUCAAGACCCGGAUUUUUCGGGUCGGGCCGGAGUGUACGCUCGGUGGCUGAUUCCCAGCAUCUUGCCUUACGGCCUUCUCCAGUGCCAACUAAGGUUUCUGCAAGCCCAGAACAACAUAGCUCCAUUGAUCAUAAGCACUGGAGUUUCCAGUUUGAUCCAUGUUAUAAUGUGCUGGACCCUGCGGUUUAUAUCAAGUUUUCGGCGGCGUGUGAGAAGACUUGGACUGGGUUUUCCAAGGAGGGAAUGAAUAAUCUUCUCGAGUUUCUGUCGCUGUCCAUCCCUUCGGGUCUCAUGGUCUGCCAAUUAGCUUUACAACUUGUUCCUUACGUGACUGCAUUUUUAAUCUCCCUGCCUUACUGCAACUUCAGUGGUCUACCGAAUCCCAUUUGGGCGGGCAGUGCAGUAAGGUUGAGUGUAAUCUUUUUAAAGUUGCCCCACACAACUGCAAAAAAGUGUGGAGUCAAUGUUUUCAUGAGAGAUGAAAAUAGUACAGUCAUAGCCUCUCAAUGGAUCAAAAGCACGAGAGUGUCCAAUGAACUUGGUGCGGGACGCGCUCGGGCUGCAAGACUAGCAGUGAGGGUGGUGAUACUCUUAGCAGUCACAGGGGGCCUCUUGGUAGCCUUGAUUUCAGUGGCAGCGAGAGACUAUUGGGGCUUCUUGUUCACAAAUGAAGAGGAAGUUGUAAAGUACUUUGCAUCGGUAGUACCAAUCCUUGCUACUUCUGGUUUCAUGGAUGGAAUCCAGGGAGUUCUUUCAGGUGUUGCAAGAGGCUGCGGUUGGCAGAAACUCGGUACAUUGGUGAAUCUGGGAGCUUAUUAUCUUGUGGGACUUCCCCGUGCCAUCACAUUAGGUCUUUUAGUGCACCUGGGAGGGAAGGGGCUUUGGAUGGGAAUCAUUAGUGGGAGUGGCCUGCAAGCAUUAUUGCUUUUGGCCAUUUCAGUGCACACUGACUGGGGGAAAGAGGUAAAUUGCAUCUAUCCUCCUGAUCUGGUAGGCAAUGAAGGCAAGGGAUAG